UUGGGUGUGGUUAAUACCGUGGGAGUUUUACUAGAUCACUGGAUUUGUAUUGUUUGUCGUCUGCGCUGUUUUACAUCGUGAUUUCAAUCAUUCACGGAACGAUUUGCACGAUGAAGAAAAGAAGCUUUUCCGGCAAUGUUGGUGUCGGUGUCUUUAUCAUUGCUUUUGUGUGUGUUUGCGUUGCAUUCGGCACACCAGCAUGGUUAGUGAGCGAUUAUCGUAUUACUGGCGCGAAACUGGACAAAUUAGGCCUCUGGACACAUUGCUUUAGAUCACUUCCAAAUCCUCAAGAAAUGGAUGCACCUAGACGGUUUUUCGUUGGUUGUAGAUGGGUUUAUGAUCCUUUUACUGCAGGAUACUCUGAUAUUCGUGGUUUUCUUUUACCUCCAUUUAUGAUAGCAACACAGUUCUUUUAUACUUUGUGCUUUCUAUUAAGUCUAGUAUCAUUUGUAUUGAUAUUAUUGUUUACUCUAUGUUGUGAUCCAGAACAAAAGCGUUAUGUGCAACUUAUUAUGAUAAUUGGAUAUUUCCUACUUGUUGGUGGUAUAAGUGGAGGAUUGGCAGUAAUUAUAUUUGCUUGUUUUGGAAAUACCAAUGGCUGGAUGCCUGGACAUUCCAAUAAUUUUUUUGGUUGGUCUUUUGUAAUGGCAGCUGUGGGUAGUAUAUUUACUAUCAUUGCAGGUAUACUUUUGCUUGUUGAGGCAAAUGUUCAACGAAAAAAACGAGAAUAUUUAAAAGAAUCUCAAACAAGAUUUCAGCUUGAAUCUCGUACAUGAAUUAUAAUAUUUAAAUGCUAUAAGACUUUUGCAUAACAUUUUAGUACCAAAAUUUUGUAAUAUUAU